CGGACUUGCAACAUGUGUACAUAUUUACAGACAUUGCAUGGCUUGAUGGAGAAAAAAUCUAGAAUGAGGAAAUAUGAUUUUAUGGAAAAGGAAGGCGUUUUUAUACACUGGAUUUACAGUUUUUGCGGUAAUUUUCGUCAUGAACAAGCUGACUUUAUCAUUACAUAAUUAUUCCACUGGACCGGUUCAAGUCCUGAUCCUUACUUAUAUGAGAUCGGGUUCGAGUCUUACUGGAGACAUACUACAGCAUAAACCUGGGUCAUUUUACGUAUUUGAACCUUUAAGAUCGUUUUGUCCGUCUAAUUGUUCUUCCGUCAUCUUGAAAAAUCUAGUAUACGCAAAUGGAACGGAAAGGCGGACACCUAUUUCGUUUAAUGAAGAGUCGUAUUCUAUUUUACGGAAUUGGUUUAGCUGUAAAAUAACACAACUUCCGGCUAAUGGACUUCUGGACGUAUUCCUAGAAAGAGGUACGAAAACAAAGAUGUUCUAUCCUUGUUACUUAAAAGCAACAUUAAAGACGAUGGAUCAUUCAAUUGCAAUGGAAAAAUGUGCAGGAAAGCUUGCUGAAAUAUGUGAAGAGUCCUCAGUUCGAAUUAUCAAGACUAUAAGAGCACAGUUUAAGUUUGUGAAACAUCUGCUCGAUGUGCUUCCGAAUUUAAAAAUUAUUCAUUUGGUACGAGAUCCGCGUGCAACGUUAUUUUCACAAUCUCAUUUUCAUAUGUGCCUAGUGGCAAACGGGGGACGACAACGGUGCACAAAUAAUCUUUGUGGAAGAUUGGAGAAGGAUGUUCUUGAGGUCGAUAGUGUAGAUAUAUCUCACCCUGGUAGGGUAAUGACGAUAAAAUACGAAGACCUGGCUCAACGUCCAAUAGAAACGUCGCAAAUCAUGUACGAUUUUAUUGGCGUCCCGAUGUCUCCAAAAACGAAACGAUUCAUUUAUUAUAAAACAAUGGCGGGAAUUGACAACGAUUGUUCGAUUUGUUCAACUCGCCGGAACUCCUCGGCUCAUAUUGCUUUCUGGAAACGACAGAUAGACCGGGAGUUUUUAGAUAUAAUAAAUUCUAGAUGUGAUUACAUAUUAAAACGUUUUCAAUAUGACAAAUUUCCAAAAUGACUACGUUUUAGUAUCAUUUUGUAGUGUAAUCAAAAUUCUAUACCAUUGGUAUAAGAGUCAUUAAAAUGAUAUUAU